ACUAGCUUCCAGUAAUACACUGAAAAUCAAAGUCAUGCACAGAGUCCCCAGAACACCACCACUACUGGAGUGCUUUACGCUCUAGAGGAUGGGGUGGUCUAGCGUGUUGCUCUUAGCCAGUGCCUAUCUAACCUUGUGUCUUUCUACAACCAAAGGAGAAGAGAGACUUUGUGAUUUUCCAAAAAUAAUCCAUGGAAUAUUAUAUGAUGCAAAGAAAUAUGACCCACUGUCCCCUGUUCCUAGUGGGAAGGUUUUAUACUACUCUUGUGAAUAUAAUUUUGUGUCUCCUUCAAAUUCCUUCUGGACUCGCAUAACAUGCACAGAAGGAGGAUGGUCGCCAGCACCAAAGUGUCUCAGGAUAUGUUUCUUUCCUUUUGUGGAAAAUGGUGAUUCUACAUCUUCAGGACAAACACACUUACAAGGUGAUACUGUACAAGUCGUUUGCAAUCAAGGCUACAGCCUUCAAAAUAAUCAGAGCAGCAUUACAUGCACUGAAGAGGGCUGGUCCAUUCCUCCCAAAUGCAUUUCCGCCAAUUCAACAAGGAAAUGUGGGCCUCCUCCAUCAAUUGACAAUGGAGACAUCUCCUCCUUCCUUUUACCAGAAUACCAACCAUUAUCAUCAGUCGAAUAUCAGUGCAAGUCCUUCAAUAAAAUGCAGGGCAACAACAAAAUAACAUGUAGAAAUGGAGAAUGGUCAGAGCCACCAAAAUGUUUAAAUGCUUGUAUAACAUCAGAAGAAAUUAUGGGAAAACACAAUAUAAGUCCCAAAUGGACAAAAAUUCGAAAGAUUUAUAUCCAGUCAGGGGACUAUAUAGAAUUUACAUGUAAACAUGGAUAUAAAAUGACAAAUACGUCACCUCCAUUACGUACAAUGUGCAAUGAUGGUCACAUCAGUUAUCCCAAUUGUACAAAAAGAAGUUGAUUUAGUGUAUGAAUGAACCUUUGUUUAGAAAUAUACAUGCAUAUUACUCAUACCGUUUCAAUUUAUGUUUGAAGUAUUGUUUAACUAAUUUCUUCUCAUAAGUAUAAACUUGAUUAAUUUGGAGCUUGAGACAUGAUUGUUACAAAUGCAAAAAAAAGUACAUUCAAAAUACCUAAACCAGAGUGUGGCAAGUCCUAGUACAAUAAACAAUGACAAGAAAGUGCAAUGACGUCAGUGUCUGUUUUGACCACUUUUCAGUUCUCCAAUUUUCUUCAGUACUGGGAACCUAAUUCCCUGAUUCGCAGUUAACUGAACCCAUAUUGUCUCAGUCUCCAAAUUAGUAUUAUUUCACAAAUAUAUGUCAACCAAACUGUCAUAACACUGAUAAUUAAUAUAAAUAAUGCUACAUAAUAUUUUAUGCUAAUAAACAGAUCUAAAAGUA